UAAAAUAGAACAGUAUUAUUUUGUAUAUUUUCUUGUUUUUAAUACAAGUUUUAUAGUUUAUCUUUGCCAGCAUAUAACUUAAUUUUAAAGGCUAUCUAACUUCUAGCGAAGUCAUAGAAACGUAUAUAACGUAUAAUUAAUUACAAUGUCAAUAGCCGGUAAAGUAUUAUCGCGAGUUUUCCAGAUUAAUAUAAAAAAAUGUUUGUUUAGAAGUCAAAGAGCAUGUUCUGUCCUCAUAGACAAUAAAGUAUAUUUUCAAAGAAAUCAUAAUAAUAUACAAUGUUCUCAUGAAAAAACCUUGAAAGUGCGACAAUAUACGCAGUGCAGUCAAGUUAAAGCCAUGGGUGCACUGAGUCCGUUGGAUCCUUCCUCGUUUUCGCGGCCUGAAUUGGCCAUCAUGAAGCAUUUGUCGAUAUCGUUAAAUGUGGAUUUCGUGAAGAAGGUGCUCAAUGGCGUGGCGACGCUCCAUUUUGACGUUUUAGAAGACAUUGACAAUGUGGUUCUAGAUAGCAGUAAUUUGACAAUAGAAGCGAUAGAAAGCGAUGAUGGAACAAAAUUGCAGUACAAAGUAGACGAGCCUGUGCCUAACUUCGGCUCUAAAUUGACAAUUACGUUACCGAAACAAGCAUCGUCGGGGGAAAAAUUAAAAAUAAAGAUUAAGUACACCACCUCGCCAACAGCGUCAGCGUUACAAUGGCUGGACCCAGCUCAGACCUCCGGAAAGAAACAUCCGUAUCUCUUCAGCCAGUGUCAACCGAUCCACGCGCGCUCCAUCGUGCCGUGCCAAGACACUCCGGCCGUGAAGUUCACGUACGAGGCGGACGUGUCGGCGCCCGAGGAGUUCACGGUGCUGAUGAGCGCCCUCCGCGGGGAGGCGCGCGCCAACACCACGUCCUUCCGCCAGCCCAUGCCGCUGCCCGCCUACCUCAUCGCCAUAGCCGUGGGAGUGCUCGAGUCCAGGGUCUUGGGACCGCGAUCAAAAGUAUGGUCAGAAAAAGAGGAGAUCGAGCGCAGUGCGUGGGAGUUCGCAGAGACUGAGAAAUAUCUGCAGGCGGCUGAGAGGCUGUGCGGACCUUACGUGUGGACGCAGUACGAUCUGCUGGUACUACCGCCCUCCUUCCCCUACGGAGGGAUGGAGAACCCCUGCCUUACUUUUGUCACUCCCACUUUACUGGCAGGCGACAGGAGUCAAGCUGACGUCAUAGUCCACGAGAUCAUGCACAGCUGGACCGGCAACCUGGUCACUAACAGGAACUUCGAACAUUUCUGGCUGAACGAGGGGUUCACCGUGUUCCUGGAGAGGAAGGUCGGAGCGUCCUUGAUAUCUGACCCCGUGGAGGCUAAGAAGAGCAGGGACUUUCACAGUUUGCUUGGACUGCAGGAGUUGAGCGAAACAGUGAGGGACGAGUUGGGUCCGACGAAUCCGUUGACAAGGCUGGUGGUGGAUCUGAAGGGGGUGCAUCCUGAUGAUGCCUUCUCAACGGUGCCUUAUGAGAAGGGCUCGUUGUUCCUGAGGUACUUGGAGGAUCUGGUGGGAGGGCCAGAGGUGUUCGACGAUUUCCUACGUUCCUACUUGAGAAACUUCAGCAAGAAAUCACUCGACACGGACCAGUUUAAAGCCUACUUGCUGAACUACUUCAAAGACAAUGAUAAGCUGAACGCGGUCGACUGGGAGACGUGGUUUUUCAAAAGCGGCAUGCCCCCGAUUAUUCCUGACUACGACACAUCAAUGACAAAAUCAGUGACUGCGCUGGUGGCUAAGAUCUCGCAGGACAACGCGACGAUAUCGGAGAGUGACGUGAAAUCCUUCACUCCGCACCAGAUGAUCAACCUGCUCCAGGAGUUGAUAGACCGGCCGGCCUUACCGCUGGAGACUCUGCAAACGCUAGGCGAGGAGUAUAAAGUCAACGCUAGCAAGAACACUGAGCUUCUUUACAGAUGGCUGCGACUAUGUAUCAGAAGCAAGGAUCAUUCAAAACUUAACGAAGUGUUCAACUUCGUGAACCAGCAAGGCCGUAUGAAGUACGUACGACCGGUGUACAGAGAUCUGUAUGCUUGGGAAGACGUCAGAGAUCAGGCCAUAGACAACUUCCUCAAGAACGAACAGUACAUGAUGCACGUCAGUGCGUACACUAUUAGGAAGGAUUUGCAUUUAAGUGAUUAAGGAAAAUGAAUCUAAUAAAGUUUUAUUUUUGUUUAAUUCGUUAUAUUAUUGUGAAUAAAUAUUUUCUUUUAUGACGAA